CACGUGGCAGUAGAAGGGAGGGAGCGGUUUUGCUGUUAGAGAUAAUGAUGACAAGAAGCUUGUGCGAAUGCGUUGAGUUUGCUGUCAUUCUUAGUGAGACUGAAGGUCUGAAGGAUCUUGGAGAAAAACUGGUGAAAAAUGCAGCAGGAGAUGCUGGUCAGCCUGGUGUGAGGGAUGGACGAGACAAAGGAACAAUAGUUCGAGAGAACAGACGACUUAAAAGAGAGAACGAGAGUUUGAUGACGAAAAUGAAGAGAGCAGACAAGAAAGAGAGAGGAGAGAGACUGUUGAGAGUUGGACUGGAGAUGGAAAGGAGGUCUGAUGUCAUCCAAUACAAGUGGAAACAGUUUGAAAUGACCGAAAUGAUGGCUGAGUAUCUAUUUUGUCACUCAGAUUAUUUGAAUCGCGUUGCAACAUUGCAACAUAAAGUUAUUUCUGCUGACUUGUUUAGUACUCAGUUAUCAAUCAUCAACAUUUAUUCAUCCCAUGUCAAGUGGUCUAUUGUAGACAAUAGACAUAAUGCAUGUGGUGAUAACAUUGAGAGUCUUUUUAAUGCAGGAAAUGAAUGUCUUGGUACAUUCUACAAUGACAGACGUCAGCAGAGCAUGGGAAUAUACAGAGCAGAGAAGGAGGAAUGGGAACAUGUGACUGACAUUCCAUCACGUGACAAGUUGUGUUUGUAUGGUAUUACAGCGGAUAGAGAUCACGUGUACAUAGUUGGUGGUAUGGAUGACCAUCGUGUCGUACAAGAGACCAUAUUGGUAUAUGACAUCAACACAGGCAUGGAGUGUGACAGGAAGAAGAUGAGCAGCAAGAGGCGAGUUUGUUCUUGUACGGUCAUAGACAAAAUGAUGUAUGUGGGAUGAGGAUCAGAUGGAGUAAAAUUAUUGAAUAGUAUCGAGUGCAUCUCACUCAAUGACUACACCAGUCAGCACAGUGUAACAGCUACACCUACAUACUACUGUUCGCUGACAUCGCUGUGUGACAGGCUAGUGAUGUUAGGUGGGAGAGUUGAUGGUACAUUCGACAGUCCGGUCAGCAACAAGGUUUCAGUGUUGAUUCCGUCUCUCAACUCAUGGCUGCCACUACCAGCAAUGAAUGAAGAAAGGUUUCAUCACGGAGCUUGUACAGUCGAUGAUGACACUCUAGUGGUGAUGGGAGGAUUAACUUAUGUCAGCAGUCGGGACACAUUUGAUAGUGUUUCUAUUUGUGAAUUAUUGAAAUUUGAGUGAAAUGAGUAAAACUGCUUUUUAUAGUGUCUUUGUGGCCGUAAUUGGUAGUCGUUUGUG